AUGCGCGGGGAAGAGGGCGCGCGCGUGCGCGGGGGCGCGGGGCUGGCGGUCGGGCUGCUGCUGGGCGGCGCAGUGUUCAGCCACGCGCACGCGGCGGGAUGCAGCAAGGCCGAGAUCCUGGCGAUAAACGACGACGACGCGUGGCACGAGCGUCUGGUGCGGUACUACAAUUUUUUCGGGUUUGAGCCUGUCGUGCGCGUGGGGGGCCGCGGCCUUGCCGACCUGCCACACCUGCUUGUCUGGGGGGGCGAGGGCACGCGCAUGGACGCUGAUGUGGCGGCGAUGCUGGGCAAGUGGGGGCCCUCCAUCCGGCGCGGCAGCCGGUAG